AUGUCGCCCGGGGUUGCCACGCCAUCGAGACGACGCGGGACUCGAAUGCGCCUGCUCAGCGAGCUUGAGGACGAGAACCUUGAAUCCGUGUUCCCGAGCGGCGGACACGCUGUCGAAAACCUGGGCCUGCUCAGCGAGCUUGAGGACGGAGUAAGUAAACAAGCUAUUCAACAUGGAACACCGCUGACUGACCUGGACACGCAGAACGACCUUGAAUCCGUGUUCCCGAGCGGCGGACACGCUGUCGAAAGGACCGCCCGUGAUUGA